GUCAAGGCCCUCUUCAUAUUUUGGUGAUGAGAGUAAAUGUAGUCGUAAAGGAUUUGGGAAGAAUUGCGUAUUCAGAAGCAUUAAGAGUGCAGUUUUGUCACGUACAGAAACAACUGGAAGCUCGUUCUCAUUCAAGCUUGGUAAAGAAUACAAUCCUUCUGUGCGAACAUCCGAAUGUGUACACGCUUGGGCAUCGAUCGUCGCUUCGUAAUAUUGAGGACGAUCAAAAUCGGCUAGAGAUUCUAGGUGCAGAAGUGCACAAGACGAAACGAGGUGGUCAAAUAACUUUCCACGGUCCUGGCCAAGUCGUUUGUUAUCCCAUUGUCGAUCUUCGCAGUCUACAGAUUUCACUUCGGACUUUUGUGUAUGGAUUGGAAGAAUCCAUUAUUCGGCUGUGUCUGAGGUACAAAGUACUCGGAGAAAGAUCUCCACACACUGGAGUGUGGGUUGGCGACAACAAGAUCUGUGCAAUAGGUCUACACGUAUCAAGAGGUAUCACAAGUCAUGGACUGGCCUUGAAUUGUGACAACGACUUGAGCUGGUUUGAUCACAUUGUGCCAUGCGGUAUCGAAGGGAAGGGUGUGACAUCACUCAGUCAACAAACAGGCACAACAGUUAGUACCAAAGAAGUAAAGCCGCUGCUGAUUCGAUCUCUCCUGCAUCAGUUUGACCUGCAAGAAGCAACAGAAUGCUAACCAGCGAGCAACAAAUCAGUAAAUCAGCAACAUCAACCAACGUGUAGCAGUACACUGUAACGUAGAGCGAUAGUUUUACAUGUAAUGUAGAGUGAUAGUUUUACAUAUCAAUAUGUGUAUAUUAUAUGUACUCUGUACGGUGAUACUUUACCUUGUUCAAUAGAAUACGAGUACACGGUGUUGCCUA